AUUUUUUUUGAUGCCAGAUCUUUUUUGGCCCUGCGACCGCCGACUUAACAUUUCUUUUCUCCCCUUUUAAAUCAACGAGACUUGAGAGAGAAAGCAUCGCGACAACCCUCGACCACCCCCAACAUCGAGGGCCUUCUGUCGCUCAUUGCAUCUUAUUUUUUUUCUUUCCCUUCUAUCUUCUCCUUAAUUCUUAUUGUCUUUCUAUAACACAUUAUCACCAUGAGUAGCCUGCGGUUCCUCGAUCUCGUAAAGCCCUUCGUGGCAUUCUUGCCCGAAGUUCAGCAGCCCGAGACCAAGGUCCCUUUCAACCAAAAGUUGAUGUGGACUGGUCUCACGUUGUUGAUCUUCUUGGUCAUGAGCCAGAUGCCCCUUUACGGUAUCGUGUCCUCCGACACCUCCGAUCCUUUAUACUGGUUGAGAAUGAUGAUGGCGAGUAACCGAGGAACAUUGAUGGAGUUAGGUAUUACACCGAUUAUCUCCUCUGGAAUGGUUUUCCAGCUCCUCGCCGGUACCCACAUGAUUGACGUCAACCUCGACCUCAAGUCCGAUCGCGAGCUUUAUCAGACCGCCCAAAAGCUCUUCGCCUUUAUCCUCUCCGCCGGUACUGCCACUGUCUACGUCUUCACUGGUCUCUACGGCCCCCCCUCCGACCUUGGUGCCGGUAUCGUCUUCCUUCUCAUCCUCCAGCUCGUCGUAGCUGGUAUGAUUGUCAUUCUUCUUGAUGAGCUCUUGCAGAAGGGUUAUGGCCUUGGCAGUGGUAUCUCCCUGUUCAUCGCGACCAACAUCUGCGAGUCUAUCAUGUGGAAAGCAUUCUCUCCCACCUCGAUUAACACUGGCCGUGGCCCCGAGUUUGAAGGUGCUGUCAUUGCCCUCUUCCACCUCCUGAUGACCUGGCCCAACAAGCAGCGUGCUCUCCAGGAAGCUUUCUACCGCCAGAACCUCCCCAACAUCAUGAACCUCCUAGCUACCCUCGCUGUCUUCGCCGCCGUUAUCUACCUUCAAGGUUUCCGCGUCGAAAUCCCUGUUAAGUCUUCCCGCCAGCGAGGUGCCCGCGGUUCCUACCCCGUCCGUCUCUUCUACACUUCCAACAUGCCUAUCAUGUUACAGUCCGCUCUCUCCUCCAACAUCUUCCUUAUCAGCCAGAUGCUCUACUCUCGUUUCUCCGAGAACCUCCUCGUUCGCAUGUUCGGUGUCUGGGAAGCUAGGGAAGGAUCCGCUCAGCUUUCAGCUGUCUCUGGCCUGGUUUACUACAUGUCUCCCCCUCUUAACUUCCAAGACGCCAUCCUCGACCCCAUCCACACCGCUGUUUAUAUCACCUACAUGCUCAGCGCUUGCGCCAUCUUCUCGAAGACCUGGAUCGAGGUUUCUGGAUCUAGCCCUCGUGAUGUCGCCAAGCAGCUAAAGGACCAGGGUCUUGUCAUGGCUGGUCACCGUGACCAGAGUAUGUACAAGGAGUUGAAGCGCAUCAUCCCUACGGCUGCCGCCUUCGGUGGUGCUUGCAUUGGUGCGUUAUCAGUUGCCAGUGAUCUCCUAGGAGCUCUAGGCUCCGGCACUGGUACUCUUCUUGCAGUCACUAUUAUUUACGGCUACUUUGAAAUCGCCGCGAAGGAAGGUGAUCUUGCAGGAAUGAAGGGAAUGAUUAUGGGAUAAAACUCAUUAUCUACCGAACCGAAAUCUUAAUAAACCGCUACGACGGCGCAAUAUAUUAAAAAAUGCAAUCGUUUCACGCUGUGUGUAAUACCAAGGGAAAAAUAAAAGUUCAUGAGGGUUUCCACAAGGGCGGCGAAGCUUGGAAAAAUGCAUCAAUGGCGGUCUGCGGUCAUUCUCGUCGGGUUCUAUGUUAAGAGGAUGUCACGACGAAGAAUGUAUUAGUUUACGUAACAAUAUUAGCCAUGAAAAUAUCAUGUACAUCUAAAACGC